AUGUCACACUCAGAAAUCAAUCCAGCUAUCCACUACUGGGGCACCCCAGUCGUCCUCAUUACCACCGUCAACGAGGAUGGGACAUACAACGUCGCACCAAUGUCUUCAGCUUGGUGGCUGGGGACCCGCUGCAUGUUAGGUAUUUCCGGCGAGUCACAGACUACGAUCAAUCUCCUCCGAACUGGGCAAUGCGUCCUCAACCUAGCCUCCGACAACAUGACAGUAUCAGUGAACGCUCUCGCUCGCACGACAGGCACACCCAUCGUCCCACCAGGCAAAAUCCAACGAGGCUAUCGCUACGUCCAAGACAAAUUCGCCGCCGCAAAUCUCCACCCUCAACCCUCAACCUUCGUCUCACCACCUCGUGUCCAAGAAUGCCCGGUGCAAAUGGAAGCCGAGCUUUGUGAAUUCCAUGGCUUUCUAGACCCCUCGCUUCCACAACUCUUCGCGCCGAAAGCGAUCGAGGUCAAGAUCUUGAAGACUUACGUGUUGGAUGAGAUUCGACUUGCGGGAUAUGAGAAUCGAAUUGAUCCGGAUAAGUGGAAGCCGUUGAUUAUGAUGUUUCAGAAUCUUUAUGGGUUGAAGAAUGGGAAGGCUGAUGAUUCGGUACUGGCCAGGUGUGAGGAGGAGUUGUACAGACUGCCUCCUGAGCAGCCUAAUGCUGUUUCUGUUAAGCCAGAAUGA